AUGAAUUCUGCUGUUAAGAGAAUUGGAAAUUCAUAUUCGGUAUAUAGAAACCAGUAUUAUCUAAGGAAUAUUAAUACUUUAAAUAAUAAAACACAAAACUUUUUUAAUCCCCGUUUUCUUAAUAAAAAUGUAACUGGCGGUAAAGUGAGAUAUAAUAGUGCUUCUUCACAAAAGCAACAACAAACGCCACCUAAAAAUGUUGGAUUCGAAGAAACCUUAAGAGAUCGUUAUACUGUUGGACCAUUUAAUUGGAAAAGUUUAGUAUUGUUUAUUGUAACAGGAACAGGGUUGUUUUUUUAUUUUAAAAAUGAAAAAAAAAAGGUACUAGAAAAACGCAAAGAAGAAUUAGCAAAUAAGUCAAUAGGAAGACCAAAAGUAGGAGGACCAUUUGAAUUAAUAAAUCAAGACGGAAAAUUAGUAACAGAUAAAGAUUUCCUUGGAAAAUUUUUAUUAGUUUAUUUUGGGUUUACUCACUGUCCUGAUAUUUGUCCCGAAGAAUUAGAUAAAAUGUCUAAAGUUACCGAUAUUAUAAAUAACAGUGAGGAAUUCGGUAGAAGUAAAGUUAUAAUCCCAAUCUUCAUAACCUGUGAUCCGGAAAGAGAUUCCGUUGAAGUAGUUCGUAAGUACCUUGAAGAUUUCCAUAAGGAUAUGGUGGGAUUAACAGGAUCACAUGAACAAUUAUCUAAAGUGGCUAAAUCAUAUAGAGUAUAUUUUAGUAAACCGCCAAAAUUACAACCGGGAGAAGAAUAUUUAGUUGAUCAUAGUAUAUUUUUUUAUUUAAUGAAUCCGGAUGGUGAAUUUGUUGACGUUUAUGGUAAAAAUCUUGAUGCUGAACAAGUUUCUACUAAUAUUAUUAGACAUGCAAAGGAUUUUUUAAAAAAAGGUGGUAUUAUAACUACAGAUUGAGAUUAGGAAGAAAAGGUGAAGGUAUAGGAAUAAAGAAAUUCUUCCUAUUUACUACUGUUUAAAUAUAUUAAAAGUGAAUAUUCUUUCCAAUCCAAUUCAAUAUGCAAAAUAUUUAUACAUGAAUAAUUAAAAUGAUUAAUAAAUAAAUUAUUGUUGAUUUCU